CAAACCCGCAUUUUCACAAGCUCAUCAGCGUUUCCGAACUUCUGCUUCGCUUGACUCGAGAAGUUCAACGUUUAUGUAACGAUCAAAGCCGCGCCGCUGUUAAGAGACUCGUUUCGUGCGCGACGGAGGCGGUGUCGCUGACGCAUUUAAACGCGGAGCUGAUAAAAUCGAUAUUUUAUUUUUAGCGUCCUGCCGGGCCGCUUAAAAGUGCUGUAUUUAUCCCGUGCAAAUUGCAGAUACGUGUUUUGCUGGGCUCUGCGCUCUUGGGCGAAGUUGUUGCGCGGGCAGCAUGUGUUUACAGUCUCGAGCGCGAAGCAUGGAGUCGCACGAGCCACUGACGCAGAGUCGCGCGGAAAACAAAGAGCGGCGGACGAGCGCUUCGGUUAAAUUCGCCCGUCUCUCUCCCCCGACCACCGCUUGCGUCAAAGAAAGCGCGCCGGAGAGCCGCUCGCACCGGGCGGGAGCCGUUUUCGGCCGAAACGCGCCGAAUGCGCGCGUUUAAAGAUGCCGUGUGGCGCGCCAUGCUUCCGCGCGAGCUGGUGGGCGGUGAAUACGGCGGGACACGCGCGCCGUUUCUCUGCAGUGCGCGGACGAGGGUGCGUUUAAACGCCGCGAAACGUUCUUAGCGCGCGCGUUAUGUUAUCUGGACAACUUCGGGCGGCACGCUCAGGCGCGUUGAUGGCGCUUUUGGUCGCGGUUUCCGUAACGGCGUCGCAUUACUUUCUUGCCCCCAUUUUCUGCCCCUCCUCUCCUCUCAAAAACGCGUUGCCAUGUUUGAAUUGCGUCAAGCGCCGGUUCAACGCGCGCGCUUGCACUGUACAGUGUACAGUUUUAGAAAUGUGAUUUUAAAUAUUAAUGUGCAUAUUUAAGUAAAAAAAAAAAAACGCAGAGGCUUUAGAUAGACGUCGGACAGAUGACCCAGUUAUAAUGCAUGAAUUUGACGCCUCGCCAAGUCACCAUGCUGUCACCGAUCAGCGUCGAUGCGCGAGGCCACCGGUGUCCGGCUCCAUCAGCACCGAGGUUAUAUAAGACCGAGCACUCAGCGCGUUAAGCUCUUAUCCCACAGACGCGAUGAUGACCGAUAACACACAUCUCAUCUCUCUCUCCCUCUCUCUAACACCAUCUAUUAAUAGUCAUAUACGUAUACAUGUAUUAAGUAAUACAUUUAACACGUGUUAUAAAUAUUAUUGUAUAUAAAUGUACACACAUAUAUAACAUGCAUGUAGAGCAAUCAGCCUGUGAAAAUACUCUGAUAUAAUAAUUUUUUUCCUGCGGUCUCAUUUUUUAUUUUCCCAUUAAUUGGUGUAAAUUUAACCAUUAUUUCCUCCUGACUUGACCAAUUAUUAGUAAUAUAGGUGUUAUACACAUGCAUACACUAAUUAAACAAAAGUUUGGAAUAAUAAUAAUAAUAAUAAUGAAGUCUCUUGUGCUUAACAGGCCUGCAUAUAUUUUAAUAAAAAUACUUAAAAGAACAUUUAAUAUUCUUAAAUAUUAUAAAAAAUGUAUAAUGCACUUUUCCCGUGACGUCAAAGCUGAAAUUUUUAGUAGCUGUUGCUUCAGUUCAUCCUUCAAGACAUGUCUAAAUUGAAACUUCUUAAGUCUUAUGAUUAUCAGUAUUGAAAAAAGUGGAUAUUUGCUGCCUGAUAUUUUACAAUUAAGUAAAAAAAACAGUGUAUGCUCAAAUAUUGAGCAUUUAAAAACAUUUCAACUUUGAUAAUCAAAAGUCCUAUAGAUGUUUGGCUUUCAUAAGCCGAAGAUGUACCGCAGCCUUGAUGGAUGCUGCAUCUGCAGGGCCAAGUCCUCCAGCUCUCGUUUCACUGACAGCAAGCGCUAUGAGAGAGACUUUCAGAGCUGCUUCGGUUUAGGCGAGACUCGCUCUGGAGAAAUCUGCAACGCUUGUGUUCUGCUGGUGAAACGCUGGAAGAAGCUUCCCGUCGGCUCCAAGAAGAACUGGAAUCACGUGGUUGAUGCUCGAGGGGGACCCAGCCUGAAAACUACAGUGAAGUCAAAGAAGGUCAAAUCCCUGUCCAGACGGAUCCGACCGAACCAGCUCAGCAGAGUCCAGAAAGAACUCAAGAGACACAAUUCAGACGCUCACAGCACCACCUCCAGCGCCAGCCCUGCCCAGUCUCCCAGCUACAGUAACCAAUCAGACGAAGGCUCUGACUCUGAGUUGACUCCUGGCUCCGCCCGCUCUCCAGUCUUUUCCUUCUUGGACCUGACAUACUGGAAAAGGCAGCGGGUAUGCUGUGGCAUCAUCUACAAAGGUCGCUUUGGGGAGGUUUUGAUCGACCCUCAUCUCUUCAAGCCCUGCUGUCAGAAGAAACAGGAGCAAGAGCAGGAGGAAGAAGAGGAGGAGGAGGAGGAGGAAGAAGAGGAAGAUGGCGACCUUGAGAAAGAGGAGGUGCCGAGCAGUCAAGAAAUUCUUCAGCCUCACUCCUCUCCCCAGAUAAAAAGGGAGCAGGAAGCAGAAGAGGAGUGGUGAUGCCCCGUUCCCGGGGUACUGACUUGGCAUUCUUAGGAAGCCUUCGAGAGUCCAAGCCCCUCAGACGCUCUCAAAGACGUUCUCUCAGAUUGCCUUCAAUUCAAGAGCAGCUGGAUCCUUGUUUGUCUUUUCCCGUUUCUUUCUUUCUUUCUUUGUUGAAAAUGUGUCUCUUUCACUUCCUUGGCGGUCAAAUCCACUUUUAAUUAUCAGACUGAACUGGCGUCCUUGUUUUCCAGAGCCUGGUACAGCGCUAUUCCAUUUCCUUUUUUUUUUUUUUUUUUUGGUAGACCAGAGAAAAUAAGUUCUCCUCUUUGCUAUCCCGCUCAAACACAGAAUGCUGGAUCUACAUGCAUCAUGCACAGAAAUGUAGGGAAUAGACUCGGACAGUGACCACAAUCCCACGCGGUCACUUUUGUGCCCUUCGAGCACCGUAGUGCACUUCCUCUGGGGUGACUGUCUUUCUGCACUUAGUAUACAGCAAGCAGCAUCUGCUUAAAUUCUAGCUCAGUGAAAAUAACGUUCCACCUUUUUUGCUGGGAUAUAGCAAUUAUUUAGGGAAUAUCUUUGCCUUUUAUAUAUAUUUAUUGUUUUCUGUGUUUGUCUUUAUUAUUUUUAAGGUCUGUUCAGUUUUUUUUUCCUCUCGAUUUGUAUUUAAAGCGACAGAACACCUUAAAAUAUAUAUUUUAAUUUUAUCACGUGACAUUAUUCUGUCACCCACUCUCAUGUUGUUCAGAACAUUUUUUCCACACUUUUUCACCACAAAAAGUGGGUUUUUGAAGAACAUCUCAGCUUUAUUCAGUAAUGAUGGAAGUGAAUGAGGACUAGGGCGGUUGAGUUUGACAAAAAGAUCUUAAAACCAUCUAAAAUGAACCGUGCGCUAUGUUCCAAGUCAUUUAUAGCCAUAUGAUAGCGAUAAGCCAAAGUUAAUGUCAUAUGGACUACUUUACGGAGCUGUUCGUUUUACUAUACAAGUAAGGUGCAGGGCGUUCUCGAUUUGAGAAGUAAAAUAUGAUUGAAGGCGACUAAAUGCUGACGGUGUUCUCAUUUUAGGGUUCAAAAGUGACAGUUCAACCUGAGUUUCAGUGCAGGUCUUCUGUAUUGGGCCUCUAAAAGGCAACAAACUCGACUCGUAGUGUUCAAACGUUUCCACAGCCAGCGUUUGUCUGGUGCUGAGGCAGACCAAAAAUAAUGCCUGGCUAUCAACACUCUUGUAUUCAGCGUACUAAUGUAAAUAUCCAAAAGUGUAGAUUUGUCUUGAGGUUUUCGGGAGAAGAGCAUGAACGCUAAGGAAACUAGAUCUAGAUCUAGACGACAUCUGCAUGAAUUUUUGCAUGGCCUUUAAAGAUUUGUAUCUCUUUUGUUCUGCGACCACGUUGCAGCAUCAUUUAAUAACUUUGGGCGCGUUUCGAGACGGUCCCGAUAUAUUUUUGUAGAUAAAUGCAAGAAAAGAACAAAAACUAAAUCAGACUUUCGACUGCGACGCGACGCCUUUUAAGAUGUCGUUGCUUAAUUAACGCAGGGAUUGAAUUGCCUCCUCUAUUUUUCAGAAUUGGACGUUUUCAAUAUUGUCUCAAUCAAAGCCAAAAAAAAAGGAAAAAGCCCAAAAUAUUCGCUAUUUAUUCAGCAAUCUUAUAUUCACGUGUUCAUAUAUACCUCCUUUUUCUCUCGUUUUCUGCCUUUUGUAAAUAGCGUUUCCGCAAUGACCGAUACUACUUUUUCAUUACCGUCAUGAAAGAACCGAGCACACGGUCUGAUCCGGGUUUUUUUGGGGUCGUUCUCGGUUAAUUAAAAUUUUUUUUUUCCCUUUUGGCUUUUUCUCCAGGGAAAAUAUUGAAAGGCUAAAUCAGAGCCUGCUUGUACAUUUUCAUUAUAAAUGACCUUCCUUAAUAAGCUUGCAUUAUAUAAGAUCCUGUAUAUCCCCAAGUUUCCCUUGAGGCCUGUUUCUUUAUCGUUGUAUUGUUUUUAGUGUCUUGCUCCUGUUUCACCCCAGGCGGUGGCGCUGGAGAGCUCGUUUGUUUCACGCAAAACACUCCAUUGCACAUGAAUUCGAGUUCUGCUUCGGGGCGGUUUAUUUAAUGUGUGCUCUGUGUUGAAAUGGGUAUUUUGAUGGCGGCAGCUUGUGGCUCUAGUGUGAAUACGCCGUAUCACCGGAUGACACGAACGAUGGCCGUAUUUGUGGUAACAUCCGUUCAGGGGAAGCGUCCUAUCGUGUCAUCUCUAUGACGGCGGUAUUUGUAAAUAUAAGAUGUGUAAGACUGAACAAUGGUUAUGAAUACUUUUUUUUUUUUUUUUUUUUUUUUUCGUCUUAUUUAUUUCGUAUUUAUUUGUCUCGUCUUUUUCUUUUUAAGUCUCAUCCAACUUUGUCAUAGGACCGGCCUGUCCUAACAACACUGCAAUACGGACCGAACAUGCUUUUACACGGACCACAGAUUGUCGGUCGAGACUCACUAAACAUGGACAACUUCAGGACUAGACGGCUAAAAAAAAACAGACUUUUUUUUCCGCGUAUACAACUGAUUAUUUUUUUAUACUUUUGUUUGAGGGUUUCUAAUGCCCACAUAUUUUUCCUUUUAGACUAGCCCUUUAGUUGUAGUGCUACAGGCAUGUAUGGUAGCUAUGCACUUUGUAUUCACAAUACUAGAGAUAUAUGAAGCAGGUUUUGUAUUUUUUUACAUAUUGUACUUUUUACUUGUUCCUCAAUAAAUGUAACUUGUGAUGGUU